AUGAAAGGGGAAUUGCACUGCAAUGAAUUAAUAAAAAUUCUUCUUUUCUUCUUCUUCUUCUUUUCCUUCUUCUUCUUCUUCUUUUUCUUCUUCUUUUUCUUUUUUUCUUCUUGGUUUUCUUCUUCUUCUUCUUUUUCUUCUUCUUCUUUUUCUUCUUUUACUUUUUCUUUUCUUUUUCUUCUUCGGCUUUUCUUUUCUUCUUUUCCUUCUUCUUCUUCUUCUUUUUCUUCUUUUCUUUUUUUUCUUCUUGGUUUUCUUCUUCUUCUUUUUUUCUUCUUCUUUUCUUCUUUUACUUUUCUUUUCUUUUUCUUCUUCGGCUUUUCUUUUUCUUCUUUUCCUUCUUCUUCUUCUUCUUUUUCUUCUUCUUUUUCUUUUUUUCUUCUUGGUUUUCUUCUUCUUCUUCUUUUUCUUCUUCUUCUUUUUCUUCUUUUACUUUUUCUUUUCUUUUUCUUCUUCGGCUUUUCUUUUUCUUCUUUUCCUUCUUCUUCUUCUUCUUUUUCUUCUUCUUUUUCUUUUUUUCUUCUUGGUUUUCUUCUUCUUCUUCUUUUUCUUCUUCUUCUUUUUCUUCUUUUACUUUUCUUUUCUUUUCUUCUUCGGCUUUUCUUUUCUUCUUUUCCUUCUUCUUCUUCUUCUUUUCUUCUUCUUUUCUUUUUUUCUUCUUGGUUUCUUCUUCUUCUUCUUUCUUCUUCUUCUUUUCUUCUUUUACUUUUCUUUUCUUUUUCUUCUUCGGCUUUUCUUUUUCUUCUUCUUCUUCUUCUUCUAUAUGCUGUGUGA